CACCAUUUACGGUAUCUAGAGCAACUGACAAACCAAAAAUAACCAAAACAAUGGCAUUCAAAUUCACCAUCCUGUUCGCCGCCUGCAUCGCCGUGGCCAGCGCUGGCAUCAUUCCAGCUGCCGCUCCAUUGGCCGCCGUCGCCCAGUUGGAGGAGUACGAUCCCCAUCCACAAUACACCUAUGGCUAUGAUGUCAAGGAUGCUCUCUCCGGCGACUCCAAGACCCAGAUCGAGAGCCGCGACGGCGAUGUUGUCCAGGGCCAAUACUCUCUGAACGACGCCGAUGGCUACAGACGCAUUGUGGACUACACUGCCGAUCCCAUUAACGGCUUCAACGCUGUGGUGCGCCGCGAACCCCUUGUCGCUGCCGUCGCUGCCCCCGCACCAGUGGUUGCUGCCCCAGCACCCGUCGUCCGCGCUGCCCCCCUGGCCUAUGCUGCUGCCCCAGUCGCCGCCCCACUUGUGGCCGCCGCUCCAGCUCCAAUUGUGAAGGCUGCUGCUCCCCUCGUCGCUGCCGGUCCGGCCUUCGUCAAGACCCAAUACGCCUCGCCACUCAUCUCGUACGCUUACUAG